UCCGCCCUCUUCGUCCCCUACGCCCACAAGCACUCAGAGACCUCAAAGAAUGGCCCUGCACUUUGGUGGCGAGUUCUUUUCCCCUGCAACGACCAGCCCCGCCAUCAUCAAGGUGCCAGACGCCUUUCAUAUUUCCGUCAACAGUGCCAAGCAUGACACUUCAGCCCCUUUGUUGACGCAGUCGGACUCUUGCUUGCUCGACAUUUUGGAUACGGCUGGACAGGAGGAGUACAGUAGCAUGCGCGACAUGUACUGUCAGACUGGCGAUGCUUUUGCCAUAGUGUUCUCCGUGACCUCCCGUGCCUCCUUCGAUGAGGCGCGCCUGAUGAAGGAUUGGGUCUUGCGAGUGCGCGACGUUGACACUACAGAUCAAGUGGCGCUGAUUUUAAUUGGCAACAAAAGCGACCUGAACGUUGCCCGUGAAGUCAGCUCCACUGAAGGCCAGCGCCUAGCUGAUGAGUGGCAUUGCACAUAUAUUGAGACUUCGGCCAAGACAGGUUUCAAUGUGAAUCGAGCCUUUGAGGAGCUGGUUCUCAGCUUUGCCCGCCUCAACCCGCGCAUGACUCAGCUCAAGACCGUGGUCAUGGGCAGUGGUGGCGUAGGAAAAUCGGCCCUCACGGUGCAAUACAUUCAGCACGUCUUUGUGGAGUGCUAUGAUCCCACCAUUGAGGACUCGUAUCGCGCCCAGCGCCAGAUUCC